ACAGUCAUUGACUGAUCACGUGAUAAAUGGUUAGCCAUUUGUUCGACAUUUUGGUUGACAUUUGCAUUGAAUUUAUAGGACAGUCGUUGAAGUGAAACAAACAAACGUUUGUUUUGAUUGAUUGCAAACCAAACCUAUUGUCGACACCGUUGUGGACACCAAUCGGGAAGACGUCCUCUUUUCCCGACAGACAACAACCAACUCUUUUAAAUCUCUUUUUUUCAUCACUUUUAAACUCUCAUCCAAUUGAAGACAACUGACCGAAAAAUUUGUUUAUUUCUUGGUUUUUGUUGAAGACAUGGAAUCCAAUUACUGAAUACCAAACAGAAUGUCAUAUAAGCCAUCAUUUGAAGAGCUCUUCGCUCAUAAUUAUCUUCACUUUAUCACUAUUUUUAGUAAUAAUAUCCACAACAGUGUGAUUGUUGCCAAAGAUCUGGUAACCAAUGGAUCGCACUCUAGUAUCGCAACAACAGUUUCAGACACAGUCAUCAACUGAUCAGACAGUUGGUCGACAAAACAAUCGGAGUAAUCGUCGGCGUAAUGAUGGCUCAAACAAAAAUUCUGCCAAAUAUGCGAAUUGUAACCAAUAUAAGCAAAAUGUGGGCCAAGCGAUGGCCCGUCAGACAUCCAAUGGACGGAAUCAACGUUCCCGAGCUUCAGGCGGUUCGGGUUCUGUGGCAACUAAUGUUGAUUGUGAUCUCUGGUCGGAUCACUUGAGCGUUGGCUCAUCAGAUCAGAUGAACGAUAAAUUGGAUAAUAAGAAGGUAUUCGGAUCCAAGAAACACAAUUUGAAUCAUUUGCUGAAUUUUACGUAUGAAUCACGCGAUCAGACUUUCGGUGAUCAUAGAGAUUACCGAUACCAGCGAAGAAGUCAUCAGAGAUACUAUAAUAAGGAACACUUUCUUCAGGCUAACUGUCAAUUUGUGGUCAAUAAUCUCAAUGACUAUUCGAUUCAUUGCUUUGAUCCCGACAUUGCUGUUGACUGGAAUGCUGUCGAAGAGAUACGUUUCAAUAGUCUUACGGCCGAAACAUAUUGUCCCAUCUGUUUGGACACUCCAGUGGCCCCGAAAAUGACUCGUUGCGGACAUAUCUAUUGCUGGUCAUGUCUUUUACAUUAUUUGGCUCUCAGUGAUCAUAAAUGGCGCAAAUGUCCCAUUUGUUUUGACUCAAUACAAGCCGAUGACUUGCGUACGGUAUCAUCAGUCAGUAAAGCCGACUAUAAGAUUGCAGAUUAUAUUACACUAAGUCUUAUGAAACGUAAAAAGGGGUCAACCAUUGCAAGUCCGGCUGUUCUCUAUAACGUUAACGAGAAUUGUAUUAAUCAAAAGUUUGAACAAUUGAAUGGCAAUCCAGUGAUCAGUUCUUACCAGAAAAUAUUAGUUGCAUCACCAGCUCAGGUGUUGAAUGAGAUUAUUGAACGCGAGAGACGACAAUUGUUAGCUCAGAUGGAAGCAGAUAAGGACACGCCUGAGGUUUGCUUUAUUGAGAAUGCUUUAAGUGAACUAAAGAAAAGAGAAGAAAUACUUCAGGAGAGAUGUGACGUGAAUUCAUCUCAAGACAUAAAUGCGAAUAUCAAGGAAACGAAGGCCAACAGCACAUCGAAUGAUGAGUUCUAUUAUUUUUAUCAAUCAGAAGACGGACAACAUAUUUAUCUGCAUUCACUGAAUGUCCGUAUAUUGAAACACGAGUUCGGAUCACUUGAGAACUGUCCCCAUAACAUAAGCGCUAAAAUAGUUGAGACGGAAUGGGAGACCAUGACUGAUGAGUUACGCAAAAGACAUCGUUAUUUGCAAAACUUGCCGCUGACCUGUGAGUUCAGAAUUGUUGAACUCGAGUUCACUAAUGAACUCAUUUCGGACACCACUCUUGAGCUGUUCAACAAUGAGAUUAUUCGUAGACAAAAAAAUCGAGCCAAAAGAGCCCGUGAAGAGCGUAGACGUGAACGUCAUAUUCAGGUCGAACAGAAUAAACGAAUUCAUGGCAUAUAUCCGCUUCCGAAGUAUCAGUUGAAUAAUAUGCAACAAUUUCCUAAUUGUUUCAAACCAUCCGAUUCUCUACGCUCUCCAUCGCCGAUGCUUUCAUCAGAAUCAUCAGCUAUUGACGACAACGUCUCUCAUAAUAACUUAGACGUCGAUAAUCAGUCAGCAAAUUAUGGAACGAGUCCGCAGACAGAAAUGGAGUUCCCAUCGUUUGCGACAAUGCUUCGCAAUGGAAAAGCUAAGCCAAUAAUGUUAUCAAAUAAUAACAAUAACAACAACAAUACUACUAAUAGUAAUACAAACGAGUUGGCGGCCAAUGAAUCCGAUAGUGAGUAUCGACCGACAACUUAUAAUUACACAUUAAGUGAUGCCUUUGCCGCCGCUCUCGAACUCAAGAGUAAGUCGUCGACAAAUGACGAAAACAGUGGCAAUAAAAAGGUCUCAAAAAAGAAGAAAAACAAACCAAAGCUUUUGUUGAGUACAGGAAUGAAUCGCAAGUAUUAGUUAUUUGUGCGGCUUAUGGAUUGGCAUUAAUUAAAGUCUAUAAAUAAUUAUAUAAUAAUAAUUACUUUU